CAUCACUCGCUCUCGAGCAUCCCAAGCAACCACACGCUCCCGUCUACCAGCAGCCCAACCAAAAUCUCUACAAUGGCCGACUCUGCCCCUGCCGCUGCCCCUGCUGCCCCUGCCAAGAAGGCCGCGAAGGCCGCGAAGGCCCCAGCCAAGCCUACCCACCCUGCCUACGCUGUCAUGAUCGCUGAGGCCAUCAAGGCUUUGGCUGAGCGCACUGGGUCAUCCCGUCAGGCCAUCCUGAAGUACAUCGUCGCCACCUACACCGUUGGGGACGAGAAGAAGGCUGGUGUCCGUCUCAAGCUUGCCCUGAAGAAGCAGGUCCAGGGCGGUGCCCUCAAGCAGGUCAAGGGAGCUGGUGCAUCUGGCUCAUUCAAGCUUGCUAAGGAUGAAGCUAAGCCCGCCGCCAAGAAGCCCGCUGCCAAGAAAGCUGCCGCCAAGAAGCCUGCUGCUAAGAAGCCUGCCGCCAAGAAGGCCGUCAAGAAGCCUGCUGCUAAGAAGGCCGUCAAGAAGCCUGCUGCUAAGAAGGCCGUCAAGAAGCCCGCUGCCAAGAAGGCUGCGAAGAAGCCCGCUGCCAAGAAGGUCGCCAAGAAGCCCGCUGCUAAGAAGCCCGCACCCAAGAAGGCGGCGAAGAAGCCUGCACCCAAGAAGUAAACCUGAUCUGCAAAUAUUAGGUUUAGGGCAUCACUAGGUGCGACGUAUUUACUUCUGAAAGAAGUAUUAGGUUAAGUAAAUUUUUUAUUGUACCUGAUUUAAGAUAUCUAAAUGUAUAUAUUAUAUAAUAUAUUAUAUAUUGUGUACAA